AUUCCAUUUGUUAGUGUGAGAAAAGAAACACAUACAAACUGAGAGGGACACGCAGGGUAAGGAGAAAAUGGAGAGACAGGAUGAGACGCAGCAAUCAAAAUUUGGAAGGAUUUGUGUUUUCUGUGGGAGUAGUCAAGGCAAAAAGACUAGUUACCAAGAUGCUGCCAUUCAGCUUGCCCAAGAAUUGGUGUCAAGAAAUAUUGAUUUGGUGUAUGGAGGGGGGAGCAUUGGCCUAAUGGGAUUGAUUUCACAAGCUGUACACAAUGGUGGUCGUCAUGUCAUUGGGGUCAUUCCCAAGACACUCAUGCCUCGAGAGUUAACUGGUGUAACAGUAGGGGAGGUGAAGGCAGUUGCAGGCAUGCAUCAAAGAAAAGCAGAGAUGGCUAGGCACUCAGAUGCUUUUAUUGCCUUGCCAGGUGGUUAUGGUACUCUUGAGGAGCUCCUUGAAGUUAUAACUUGGGCACAACUCGGUAUCCAUGAUAAACCGGUGGGGUUGCUCAAUGUGGACGGAUACUACAACUCUUUACUGUCAUUUAUUGACAAAGCCGUGGAAGAAGGCUUCAUCAGCCCUAAUGCACGCCAUAUUAUUAUAUCUGCACCAACAGCAAAGGAUUUGGUCAAGAAACUGGAGGAAUAUGUACCAUGCCAUGAAAGGGUUGCUUCAAAGCUGAAUUGGGAGACAGAGCGGCUUGCCUUCCCGCAAGCGUAUAAUACCUUAAGAUGAAAAUCUGAGGAUGACUGUAGAUCAGAUAGAUGAUGUACCGGAGAAGAUGUUAACUUAAAUUCUACUCACUUUUUUGUUGUUGAUUGUAAAUUACUAGUGCAAUUGACAUCUGUAUGUAAAAUUUCAGUUAUCUCUUUACUGGAAGUUCGGUUUUCUUUCAAAACCUUGAUGUAAGUAGUACUUGAUGCAUAUGAUAUGAAAAUUUCUGCUUA